GCCGCGCGGCACCGAGCCCGGCGAGCUCGGGGCUCCACCGGCACUGGAUUCGGGCCUGGGCCGCUGGGACAUCUUGGACACGGUGCCUUUGCACCUUCUGUGGAGGGGGACUACGCGAGGCAGUGGCCACGCUGGGUAGCCUGAUGUGCAGAGCAGGUGUGGAAGUGGGACCUGUGUCCUCAGAGAUGAAGGCCUGGAGCUGGGGCCGACAGACACAGAUGUGUGGGGGGGUCUGAACCCCUGCCGAGAACAUGACAACAGCCCAGGAUGGCCAAGGGCAAGAUGCAGCCGCCACCUGUUCAGCCUCUGACCUGAAGGACUCCAAAAUGGUGACGUCCCCAGUGUGUCAGAAUGGAGGGUACAGAAACAGCCCCAGUGGCGACAGCGAAGGCCCAGAGGCCAGGCUCAGCCCUUCCAAGCUUGUACGCCUUUUCUCUGUGAGUCGGAAGAGAAUGAGUGUCAACCCUGAGAGGCCUCGCUCGGUGGUCCUAGUGGGGAAUUCCUCCACCUGGACCGCCCUGGCCUCCUUCCGGAAGAUGGGAUCCUUUAAAAAGCUCAAGUCCUCUGUUUUGCAAGGAAUUCAGAGCCGGGAGGGCUCAGGGGCCUCCAAGGAAGAUGGACGGGAGCCUGAGGCUAUCUCCAAUGGUGCGGCCAUGGGAGUCAAUCCGAGCAGGUGCCUGUCCUCGGGGCAGGCGGGUGAUGUCCCCGUCUUGGGGGAGGGGACUGUGUCCGACAGCUCGGACCGAGACCCUGAGGACGCUUUCCAGAGGAGCACGCACCGCUCCCGCAGCAUCCGCAGAGCCUACGGCCCGGGCCGCAUCAGCCUGCAGGACGUCGAGCCGGCCCCGGAGCCCGCUCCUUGUGCCGUCCUCCUGCAGGACCCGGGGGAUACGGGCGCCCUGUGUAGGAGGAGCAAGAGCACGGACAGCCUGAACUUCCUGAAGAAAAGCUCCUUCAAGCGGAAGUCCACCUCCAACCUGGCCGAGGCCCGGGGACCCAGCGACAGCAACCCAGGCAGCUCCUCUGCGGACGCGGACAGAAGGACGAAGCGCUGGAGGAGCCCCGUGAGGGCCAAGGACUUGGACAGGCUCCUGAGGCUCGUCAGCAAUGUGACAGAUGCCGCCUGGCGGAGAGAGACCCCCCAGAGCGGGGCCCCGGGUGACGCGGGUGACACUGGUGGCACUGGCCAGCGGCCACGGCCGCACAGCCGGCUGCACGACGACUACUCGCGCCGCGUGUCCGCCUGCAGCAGUGGCUCCGAGCACGGGGCAGUGCGCCCUCCGCUGGCCUCCAGCCCUGCACCCUGCCCCGAGGACCAGGAUGGGCUGCGCCAAGCCUGCCCGGACUCCAGCGCUGCCAGCCAGCUCCCCUGUGACCCUGGGCAGCCUCCCACCCCGCUGCGGCCCACCUCGCCCAAGCCGCGGAGCCCCCAGAGUCCUGGGCCCGGAAGUGCCGGGUGCCCCGCCAGCCUCAGCGCGCUGUCCCUGAGUUCAGCUGACAGUGAGGACAGGACAGAAGACUCUGCUCCCUCCCAGAACUCAGCGCAAACCCCAGAGGGUGAUGAGGGCAGAGGUGAUGGAGAUGGUGGCAGCCACUCUCAGCUGAGCCCUGGGGUGGCCAGUCCAGAGGAGAAGGCAGAGGUAGGGUACAGGAGGGGUCCCUCCUGCAGGAGGCUGCUUGUCCAGUACAUUGCACUGUCCUGGGUCCUCCGUGCUGCAGACCUUGGUUCUAUGCUAAUAGUCGCAGGGACCAGCAGAGAGGGAGUUGUGGUGACUGAUGACCCCUGGAGGCCGGGCUUGACCCAGGAUGAAGAGCACAGCGAGGCACCCGCUCUCCAGGAGGAGAUGGGCUCGGGAAGGCAUGCCCAGCCACGGCCACUGUCUGAUUACAGCCAGCUGGCCAGCCGAAGUCUGUCCAUUCCUGAAGACACUGUGGCUGUGGAUCCCCCAGGCGAGGACAGUGUGGAUGGGAUACCCCCAGCAAGCAAGAUCCCCAUCCCUACUGGCCUGGACCCCACUGGCCCUGCAAGCAGCCGCAGAGGAGGCCGCAGAAGGCGCCCCAUAUCAGUGACAGAAGGGGUCAGUUUCUAUGGCCCCAGACAGACAGAGGACAUCGAAAACCUCCUGACUCAACCAGCAGCAAGGCCUCCUGUGCCUGCGCACCAGGUGCCACCCUACAAGGCCGUGUCGGCCAGGCUCCGGCCCUUCACGUUUUCCCAGAGCACCCCCAUUGGGCUGGACUGUGUAGGACGCCGGCGGCAGAUGAGAGCAUCCAACGGUGAGUCUUGGGGGCUCCUGGGCCCUGUGUGUGGCUGCUGCCCGAGGCACCUGGGUGACUCGUACCUGCACUUUCCUCCUGUCACUAGGCCAGGUCGGUGCUUGCCCAGGGCAGGGAAGCUCCUCUCAGGAGGGAUGUGUUGUCAGCUCUCAUAGUGGGUGUUCUUUGAGUCCAGAUGACUGAAUUUGGGAUCUUGCCCCUCUGCUGGUGUGUACGUAUCAAGUUUCUUUAGGGCCAUCCCAGUAAGAAUAAGGCCAGGCUGGAAAUCUGAGAACCGAGUGCAGCCAACUUGGUUUCUUCUGAGGCUGUGCUGGAGACUCGGCCCCAGGCCUCACCCAGCUUCUGAGAGCCUCACCUUCCUUGGCUUGUACAGCAUCCAUAUUCUCCACCUCUGUGCUCAUGGCUUUUGGCCUACAUGUGUGUCUGUUCCUCUCUGUGUCCAGAUUUCUCCCUUUUAUAAGGAUGCCAAG